UAAUAAUCAGAUACUACAAGCUUUGCUGUGAAGAGGAUACCAUAUGUAUCGAUGCUCGAUUGAAACGAAAUAGAGCUAGCAGAAAUGGAUACUUGUUUCGGACACAAAACUACCAAACCCUCAAAAUUAUCAUCAUUGCUACUAAUACUAAUGUUUACCAGUUUCACUGAAGGUACAAAAAGAAUCACCGCAGAUCAUCUUCUUCCCUUGUUGAAUAAAUCAAUGUUUCUGAUUAAUAAACAUGCUGAGGCAAAUGAUGGAGGUUUAGCCUUUAACUUUGAUGCACAGUAUCAUAUAUUCUUUAUCGGAAUUGACACAGAUGUAAUAAGCAAAGAGCAAGAUAUUGAUAUCGUUAUAUCUGAUAAUAUGAAAACAGUGAUCAACAAAACAGUACCCUUUGAAAAAGGUGACCACCGUCUCGUAGGAGAAUACAACAGUAUUGUAGGAAAUACUAUGGUGGUAAACGGCGCUCCAAGUCAUACAAAUUAUUCUAUCAGCGUCUACGGAAUGAAAGUCACUAGUCUGACGGUUACGUUACACGAAUCUCCACAUACACAAGUUAUAUGUUAUAUAUUUAGUGACAAAAAUGAGACGCUCAAUACCACAAUGUCGCUAAAAGAAACCUUUAUAGUUCCUGAUGUGGAUAGAGGCAAGGAUGUCGUAUUCACUUUAGAAGAGGAGAUAUGUCCCAAUAUCACAAUGGAUUUAACAGUGUCAAAUGAAAUAAAUGGUUACACCAUAACAGAGCAAAUUCAGAGCCGAUCCUCUUGUAAUUUAAAGAUAAACAGAAUGCUUCAUUUCUCAGUGGCAGUGAUGACAAGCAUAACAUCUGAAAGAUCAGAUUUACCUCUAGAAAUCGUGAUCGAACAAUUCUUCGCAUUCAAUAUAAGCGGUAUCAGGCCUGGUUAUCGGGAUUUAUUUCUGGUACCUGGCAAAAGUAUAACUAACUUUAGUUACGUAGCUGUCAUCGCUCCUCCGGAAACUAAUUGGAUCUUAAAUCAGAUUACGUUUUACAAUGAUGAAGGCAAGAUUAUACAGAGCUUUGCGCAUGAGGAAAAAAUUACACACCAAAUAUUUAUACAUCCACAGUAUCAGACUAUGCAACUGCUCGUUCAAGUAGAAACAGGAGAAACUGGAAAUGAAGAUGAUAUAAUACUAAGAUUAUAUUGCACCAAUGGAAUAUUAGAAGCCAUGUUGGGCUCACCAAACGAUAAUUUUCAACCAAAUACAACUGAUAACAUUACAGUCUCCAGUUUAAUUUGUAAGCAGGUGCAAUAUAUUAGUGUAUAUAGAAGAAAAGCAACUUCAAGAUGGUUCUUGAAAACAAUAACUAUCUACAGCAAUGGUACGGAAAUGGGAGUUUUCCAUUAUGAUAAAAUCGUAAAUAAAGAAGCAGUAAUGGGUAUCAAUCAGCAUCUAGGAAAUAGCAGCUGGUAUGUAAAGUUUUCCUCUGAAAUCAGCUUGUUGUACAUGAUACAUGUAUGUUUUCAAGGAGAAAAGGCCAAAUGUUGCAAAUUAUUUUGCGGAAUCAACGAAAGAACACAAGAUGAAGCUAAUCGUGAAAAUGAAGAAGUGUUCUCAUUCGCUCUGCCGACAUUAGGACACUUGAAUGUGUUUAAUUUUUCGAGAUAUACAUAUAAAACCUUAUCUAACUUGCUGAUUACAGUUUAUGGAGAAAGACAGAGAUACAGAAUGUUUAUCAUUGGACCAGUAAGCGAACAUUACAUUUAUAUCAAUAGAUGUGAUUCAAACUUGGACAAAGAAAAACUUAUAACGGAAUGCUCAAGAAAUAAACUCUGUGACCUGGCAGCUUUCGGGCUACAGACACACUUCGCAAUUCUGAUGUCAAUAUCUGGCGAAGGGAUAAGACAUGUGAACCUGAUCAGCAACAGUGGCUCCUUAACGAAGAUGCUGACAUACUCUUCCCAAACGCCCACCUCAGUCGUUAAAGAAGUAUUUUGCCCGAAUGAUGACGGAAUAAUACAUCCAAACAGAAUGCUGGUUAAAUGUGAAACCAGGUGUGCAAAAGUAAAAGUGAAUCUUACAUUGAUACAUUAUGACACGCUCGAGUUCUACACAUUAACAACCGUCCACAACGAAGAUGGUAACUGUGAAUGGAAAAUUGUUUCUACACUUGAGCAGAACACUAAUAUCGAUUUUACGCGGACUGCACCAGUUAGUUAUUCGUGUUUAUGUUGUGAAACUAAACCAAGGAACUUGACAGCGGAAGAACUGAACGAGAGAUUGAAACAAUUAGAAAUCGAACUCAUUAUGCCGCGCAAGAGUACCUCCAAAUACAUUCGAUCGAAAAAUAGCAUGAAAGACCUGCGAGAAUCCUCUUUCUUCAUUGGAUCGACGGUUUUGGUCGUAGUUAUAAUCCCAUUUAUCUCUAUUGUGCUAAUGGAUUUCAUACCAUUAAUUAAAUGGGUUUAUACUACUAUGUUUCUCAAAAUUUAG